CUCCCUCCCCCAGCCCCACCUCCUGUUUCCUGGCCAGGGUCAAGUCCCAGCAGGUCCCUGAAGUCGCGUUCCUGACACCUGGUCUCAGAUUGGGGGAGCUGUGUCAGGGGAAGCCCCUCCAUGAGCUGCCCAAGCAAGAUGUGGUGGCUGCUCCUCUGGGGAGUCCUCCGAGCUGGCUCUACACAGGGCUGUGUGCUCUCGGCCCAGCUGCUGCCCCAGCAGCUGACAUCACCCGGGUACCCAGAACCCUAUGUCAAGGGCCAGGAGAACACCACAGACAUAGAGGCCCCAGAGGGCUUUGCCGUGAGCCUCGUCUUCUGGGACUUUGACCUGGAGGCUGCAGAGGACUGUGAACGGGAUUCUGUCACAGUGGCAGCCAGUGGGAUGGAGCCAGUUAGGCUCUGUGGGCAGCAGGGCUCCUUGCUGGGCAACCCGCCAGGCCAGAGGGCGUUUGUGUCUUUAGGGAGAACUUUGCGGUUGACCUUCCACGCACCAGCUUCCUCAGCGAACAGCACCACCCAUCUCCACAAGGGAUUCCUCGCCUUCUACCAAGCUGUAGGUGUGAACCACAAUGCAUCCAUCAGCCAGGCCAGAGGGAGCCCUAAGGCCAGCAACACUUCCAAAGACCAACCUACCCAUAUCCUGGACCACUGCCCGGAGCCCUAUUAUCAGACUGUACUAUCUGAGACCCUCUCCUGCACAAUCCAGAGCCCCUGGAGGAGCACCCAGCCUGGAGAGGAGGCUCCUCAAUGUGUACCUGUCUGUGGCCGGCCAGUCACCCCACUGACCCAGGCCCAGGAGGCCUCCGGCUCAUCCAGGGCCCUGCCAGGCCAGUUCCCCUGGCAGGCCCUGACCAGCAUCUACGGCCGCGGGGGCGGCGCCCUCCUGGGCGACAGGUGGGUGCUCACAGCUGCCCACAUCGUGCACCCCAAGGACAGCGUCUCUGCAGGAAGGAACCGCAGCGUGCAAGUGUUCCUGGGCCACACGGAGGUGGACGCCUUGCUGGAUGCGGGCCCAGUCCCCGUGCGCCGGGUGGUGGUGCACCCUGACUAUCGCCCGCACCUGUCGCAUGACUUCAGCGGGGACAUCGCGCUUCUGGAGCUGCAGCGGCCAGUGCGCCUGGGCCCCGGCCUGCAGCCCAUCUGCCUGCCCCACCGCCAGGCCCUGUAUCGCCCCGGCCUGGUGGGCUAUGUGAGCGGAUUCGGGGUGGACAAAGGGGUACUGACACCCUGGCUUAAGUACUCACAUCUGCCCGUGGCCCCCCGGGAGGCCUGCGGAGCCUGGCUGCGAGGGCUGCAACGGCCUGAGGUCUUCUCCCGCACCAUGUUCUGCGCCGGGCACAGGCUGUGGCCGCAGGGGGUGUGCCAGGGGGACAGUGGGGGAGCCUUCGUGGUGUGGGACCCCAGCGCCCAGCACUGGGUGGCCACCGGCAUCGUGUCCUGGGGUGUCGGCUGUGGCCAGGGAUAUGGCUUCUACACCAAGGUGCUCAACUACCUGGACUGGAUCGAGGCAGUGAUGGCGGGAAAGGCCUGACCUGGGGAGCUGAGCCCACCCAAGCCCCAAGGGGGCAGACUCUGGAUGAUACUUUCCUCUCCCCACCGCCCCCACACCCCACACCCCCGUUGAAAGAGAAGAUAGAAUCAGUGGUUAUUUUAUAUUUUAUUUUAUUUUACUUUAUUUUAUUUUGCCACCAGGGUUAUCACUGGGGCUCAGUGCCACUGCUCCCAUUUUUCCUUCCCCCCGUUUCUUUUUUUUUUAUUUUAUAGAGUAAGACAGAGAGAAAUUGAGAGGGGAGGAAGGGAGAGAAAAAGAUAGACACCUGCAGAACUGCUUCACUGCCUCAUGAAGCUUCCCCCCUGCAGGUGGGGAGUAGGAACUUGAACCCGAGUCCUUGUGCAUGGUGAUAAGUGCACUUAACCACUCAGCCCCCCUUUUUAGUUUAUUUUUUAUUUCAUUGCAUUUAUUUUAUGGUCUUCACAGCUCUAGGCCAACUUUUCCAGAUAGACAGGGAUGGAAGGGGAUGGAGAAAGAAUGACACUAGCACCAAAGCCUCUUCCCUCAGCACAGUGGGAGUCAGGCUCAAACGUGAGUCAGGUGCAGGGCAAAGCAGGUGCACUAUCCAGAUGAGCUAGCAUGAGGGGCUGGGGUACAGAGAGUUGUCUUAAUUACAUUUCACUUCAGGGUGGCACACCUGGUUGAGCACACACAUUACUGUGUAUGAGGACCUGGGUCCACACCUGCAGGAGGGAAGCUUCACAUACAAGUGGUGAAGCAAGAGCUUCGCCUUUCUUUCUCCCUCUCUAUCUCCUCCUUCACUCUCAGUUUUUCUGAUAUACAUGUUGCUGGGAGCAGUCGAUUCAUUGUGCAGGUGCCAAGCCCCAGUGACAACCCUGGUAAUGAAAAUAGAAAAAACAA